CCUUCGAUUUCUCUCCCAAACUUUCAUCCAUUACCCCCAAAUUCAUAUUCAACAUCGAAAUGGAGUCCACCGCUAAAGCUACCACCAACCAGCCCCAGGCUGCCAUCCAAAUGAGCGUUGUGAGCCCUGCUCCUGUCAACAACAGUCAGAACCACCAGGAGCACCACGCUAAGCGUCUCCGUGGAGGAGGAGCUGCCAAAGACUGCUUCCUUGGUGCACUCGAGUGUUUCCUGUGCUUCGAAUGCUGCAAGGACUGCUGCGAAUGCUGGGCAGAUAUUAUUUGCUGCCCUUGCGAGAUGUGCUGUUAAAUGCCCUCCCGCGUUUGAAGUCUGCUCAUAGCAUGUAUCUUUCCUUUCACAACCAUGACUUUUGUAACGUCGCCUCUUCGAUUAACAUUGUACUGCGAUGAACCAGUUGUUGUAGAGAUCAGAUAGGCUUGGCAUAUUAUGUACCUUUGAUGUUCUUGAUACACCUGACAAGCGCACUACUAUUUUCGGCCCCUCGGGGUUCACGGCAAUUAAGUUUCGUUUCGACAGUCACUACAUGACAAACGUUCGAACUUCGAAGUGCUAGAUAUAUGAUACAAGGACUCCCCUUCGGUCGGCUCUACGACAAUGUACUGUGUUUACAGUAGCAGUCACAUUGACACGAAUAUCUCGCAUUUCUGCAG